UGUGAAGGAAUUUGGAUCGUGCGAACUUUGUACAAAUAGUCAUAGAUUAUACGUGCGAUGCGUUACAUAUCAUUUACUGUGAGAUAAGAACUCAGCUGUUGAUUCAUUGGAUGUGCAUAUCCGCGAAAUUGUAAUAAAUUAAUCGCUCUUCGUUUAUUAUAUCAAACUUUGACCCACAGUUACGGUCUCAGUUUUUCGAGAAGAAGAAAAAGUUACGCGGAAGGACACAAGCCACCUCUCUCUCUCAGUGCCACCACUCUUUUGUCCUCUCUCGUUUUCGCUUGCAGUCAAUCUCUGUUUAUAGAACGCAUUGAAGGCACUCAUCGAAAAAAGAAACGUGAACGUCGAGCGAAGUGACGCUCGGCUAGCAAAGUUCGAAGGGAUGCCAUCAACAUGGAUUUAUAUAAUUGUUAACCUCGUGAUCUGUGCGGUCGCUUCGGUGGAAAAUGAACAGACGAAAUUUUUUAUACAGUUAACGGAAUUCGACUAUGAGGAUAAUUGUACAAGUGCAGCCGAGGCUGAAUGGGCGUUCAUUAACUCUCCGUCGAAUAAAACACUGUCGGUGUGGGAAGAGAAAUUAAUUUCUUACGCCGCUUUCAAGAAUGUACAAAAGAACGAGCUUGCCAAUAUUUCAAAGGAUGAUAUAGAUGAUCCAUCUCUGCGAUACAAGUAUGAUGUUGCUGAAAAAGCAGGUGAUGCUUUGUUGGAAAGUGAAGAUUAUAAAACGCUUAUUCAUUUUGCUGGAGUAGCUGAAUUAUUGAGAUUAUCUGCAGUCCAUAUGGACAGUUUACAUAAUUAUACACGCAAAGAUGUAGAAUAUCUCCUAUCUCAUAGUAAUAAUGUUGAAAAUAAGAGUCAUGUAUGGACAGCCUGGCAUCAACAGUUAGCCCCAUUAGUUAAGAACUUUACAACUGUGCUUCCACUUGUUGAGUCAGCUGCCAAAGCAAAUGGUGCCAAAGAUGUUACAACAUAUUGGGAGCUCUUAAGUAAUUAUGAUGAAGGUUAUUAUAGAAUUCAGAAUGAAUGGAGUAAGAUUGCUAAUCUUCACAAAAAAAUAUUGAAAUUUGCAAUUAGUAACUUAUCUCAGAAGUACAAGAUACCUGUGAAUGAUACAGCACCAGCUUAUUUAUUUGGAUCUCUGGAAGGAAAUGAUUGGACACCUAUAUCGGUUGAUAUAACGCCUUACCCGGAUAUAAUGUACAGCAUAAAAAAGAAUCUCUGGAAAAGGAAACUUCUUGGGAAAUCACUAUACAAAACAGCCGCUAGUAUGAGCACACAAUUACUGAAUCAAGUGCCACAAGCUGAAUUUUGGGAGAAAAGCGAUUUCAAUAAACAAUGCCCAUCAAAAUUGAUUAAUUUUUGUAAAGAAGGCAGUUUGAGGGUGUCUACUUGCUUUGAUCCUACUAUAAGCAAUGUUCUAUCUGCAUAUAAGAACGUAGGAAAAGUUAUAUUCAAUCAGAUGUCUAUCGAGACAAUACCGGUACUUAAUACCGCUAAUCGAUAUUCUGCUUUAGAGGAAGGUUUGUCAGAACUAUUUGGCAUUCUAGCAGCAAGUCCUGCUUGGUUAAAUUAUACCCAAGUUAUGAAUGAUUCGGCCGAUAAUAAUGAACGUUUAAUCGUAUCGUUAAUGAUUACUGCACUGAAUGUAUUACCCAGCCUUGCUUACUAUAUGGCUGCAGAUAUGUGGAGAAUUAAUGCCAUUAAUGAAGGAAUAAAAGAUCCUGAAGAACUAAUAUCGUCAUGGUGGAAGCAUAGGCAAGAGUACGAAGGACUUAAUUCCAACGGAACUAAUGUGCCUACAUUUUUAAACGACGAUUACAUUACUAGCAAUAAGCCAUAUCUUCCAAAAUUUGCUGGUACACUUCUGGCAUUUCAAUUCUAUGAGUUUCUGAUGGAGUCUACAGAGAUUAGAUACGAUUCAAUUAUAAGAAAACAAGUAGACGCUAGUUUUAUAAAAAUGCUUUUACAUGGAGGUGCUGACGACUGGACAAAAGUAGUCGAUAAGUACUUAGAAAUAUAUUCAAUUUCAUCGGAUGCUCUUCUGUCAUUUUUUUCGCCACUAGAGGAAUUCAUUGAUGAGCUGGAAGAAGAUUUUGAAUACAAAGCAGUUCAAGAAACGGACUUACAAGAUUUAGAAAAGAAAAUAAUCACAGAUUUCAAUGCCCCACCAACGACCACUGUCAGGCCUACAACUACUAGUACUACUACUACCACUGCGCCAAAAAGUGUAAACAAAGAUCAUAGAAAAGCGAAUGGAGUAUUGUCGAGUAAACAAAAUGACGGCAGAGGAGUUAUGAAUGAUGCAGUUGCUUCCAAUACAAAUUUAGAACCUAAAUCGUCUGUACAUAUACCUGAGAACAAAGCAGAAGAUCAUAACACUGAGACAAAAGUUAUGACUGAGGUUCCUUUCGAUGAGUCACCACUUAAUACAGAAGAAGAUAAGAAACCAAAGAUGAAUACUAGUAAAGCAGUAUGGGCAGUGGGCGCAGUGCUUUUAGCAACCAUUAUUAUUUGUACAAUUGCGAUCUUUGGAAGACAAAGAUGUCGCAAAACACCAAAAAAUAGACGCUACGUUUAACAGUAUACUUUUCAGCAUUAAAAAUGAAAAUACCUAUUUAUUUUUGCAUUUAAUUUAGGUAGCCUUGGCUUAAGUAAAUUAUUGUCACAAAGUCAUACGAUGACAAAGACAUUUAGAAGUACACCGGAUGCCAAACUUUCAAAAAGAAAGCGACGCGGGAAACUUUGUACGACCGAAGAAAGCCGAAUGCGUCCGAUUUUUGUCGAAUCGACCCGAAGUUUUUGAGAUCUUAGCUGAUCUCGCCCGAAGUUUACCGCUCCACCUUGAUUUUGAAAAUUCGGGAUUCGCACGCUUCUAACAUUUACGAAUUUUGCGACAUCUAACACCACACAUUCCUUACUCCUCAUUACAAAGGAAGUGGAGACUCCGUAGAAAGGAAAGCAGCAAUAAAAGGAAUUAGUAUUGAAAAGAAAAGGCAAAAUAAUAAGUAUUAAUAAGCAAAUGUUAUUAUAAUUGUAUUUUUUUAAAUCAAAUAUUUAAUUUCAAAUGCGACAUGUACAUACAUGUACGUACUUAAUAUGGUUUCCGAGUAAAAAUUUACAUAUGUUUGCUUUCGUCGUCAUUAUGUCGCAAUCAAUUAAUCAUAGCACAAAUAUAAUACAGUUUGUAUAAUACAAGUGUUAAUUUGAAAGUUAGAAAGAUAAUAUUGUAACAUAAAAGAGUCGCAACAUGUAUGCUUAAGUACAACAGUUCCUCUAUAAUCAUGCCAAACCAUAAAAAGUGAAUUUAAAAAUACGCACAAAAGAAUAUCUCUUACAUUUUCUAUAGAAUCCUUAGAUAAUAUAUUUCAUUAAUAUCUUUAAUAGGAGAUACCUAUAGCAUACACCUCGAUUAAACUAAGGCCUGUACAUAAUUACUUUACAAUUUUAGAGUAAAAUAGUUAGUAUGA